UAAAGUCGGUGCGUUUCAAAAAAACAAAAAAAAAAACACGCGUCGUUUGGCAUGUAAAAUUUUAUGGGGUGCAUUGUGGAGUGCUAAAGAGGAUUGCUAAUUAUAAUCAGUGCGUAGUUCUACGGUGGACGGGACUUCCAUUUAUCGGAUUAUUAUUAAACUGGCGCUGGCCCAACAAACAUCAUGUCAAGGUCGCCGACACUGCACGUUUUUGGAAUCUUAGCGGGGUUCUUCUUUGGGCAAAUUAACUGCGACGUGCCUCUGUUGGAUUCAGCAUCCCUUCCUCUAGAGCAUCGUGCAGUGUAUGGUCCUCCGUUAUCGGGUCCCGGAUACGCACCGCAAUCUUUAGCGACUUUGGAUAACGGACAAGGCCUCGGUGGAUCAGGAGAAGAUCCUUGGCCUUUGGCGACUCCUGACAUGCCGCAAAUCAAACACUUACAGGUGCAAUGCGAAAAAACCCACAUGCGAGUUAACAUAGAGUUCGAUCGGCCUUUCUACGGCAUGAUAUUUUCCAAAGGAUUCUACAGCGAUUCCCAUUGCGUCCAUUUAAAACCCGGCACCGGUCAUUUGAGCGCCACGUUCGAAAUUUUCCUGAACAGUUGCGGGAUGUCAUCAUCGGCUAACCAUAACGCUGCUAGCUAUGGUGGAACGACGCCCAGCGGUAGCUACGUGGAGAAUACCAUUAUUAUUCAAUACGACCCUUACGUCCAAGAAGUAUGGGAUCAAGCAAGGAAGCUGAGGUGCACUUGGUACGACUUCUACGAGAAAGCCGUGACGUUCAGGCCGUUCCAAGUUGACAUGUUGCACGCGGUAACCGCGAACUUCCUCGGGGAUAACCUUCAAUGCUGGAUGCAAAUCCAAGUGGGCAAAGGACCUUGGGCUUCGGAAGUAUCCGGCAUUGUGAAAAUCGGACAAACCAUGACGAUGGUGUUGGCGAUUAAAGACGACGAAAAUAAAUUCGACAUGUUGGUGCGCAAUUGCGUCGCGCACGAUGGAAAACGAGCUCCGAUUCAAUUGGUCGACCAAUACGGUUGCGUAGUGCGCCCGAAAAUAAUGAGUAAGUUCCAGAAAAUUAAAAACUUCGGACCUUCCGCUUCGGUCGUUUCCUUCGCUUAUUUCCAAGCGUUCAAAUUCCCCGACUCGAUGAACGUGCACUUCCAAUGCGUCAUCCAAGUCUGCAGGUAUAAUUGCCCGGAGCCCAAGUGUGGCGGCCACGGACUUGGGAUAUCCAGCGAAUAUGGUACUCCAGCUCUAGGUGGUAACGCUUUAGGCAACGGAGACUUCGGAGGAAAUUUAAACGCCGAAUACGGACCGCCGCCUAGCGGCGACUACGGCCUUCCUCUAGCUUAUCCAGAUCCUAGACAUCCCUCGGGUCCCACUGGCGCUUACUCCGAGCAAAACGCCGAAAUCGUGCCGGCUCCUCAGACUCAAACGUCGUCGACGUCGAAUCCACCUAAUCUAUCGUCUCCAGCGCCUCAAGCGAGUGCUCAAACCGGCAAUGAUAUCCACUUGCCUCCUCCACCGCCACCUGGUCAUCAUGGUUUGUACAACACCGUUAACAGAAAGAGCGGAGUCAACGAGGAGUUCGAAGGGAACUUAGCGACGCUCGGAGGAAGACCGAGGUCAGUGGAAAAUCUCCCUGCGGAACUGCAAGGGGUGAGACGAAAACGUGCGGCGUACGUAUACAAAAGAGAUGCUCAAGAGAUGACGGACGUCAAUACUAGUCGAACCAUUCAAGUGGUAGCUCCCGGUGAUGUUAAUUUCGCUUUGAACGCUGCCCAGAAUAACGAAACUGUGGUCAUUCAAUCGACUUCGUCGGAUUCCGAAACAAUCUGCAUGUCAGUUCCGAGUUUCGUCGCUGGAUUAGUAAUGCUAUUGCUCGUAUUAAUAGUAGCUAGUUUAGUAGCCGCGUUCCUAUUUGUCAGGGUGCGUGCUAUAGAUAGAAAAGGACUCGCUACCGCGUUCGUAGGUGCUAGAAGGUAUGACAAUUCGGAAUUCGUGAAAGUUGCGAACUAAUAUCGGUCGUUAGUUGGAUGUUCCAAAGAAAAUGCGGAUUGAAACGUGAUUCUGUGAGUGUGAUCCGAUCGCCGCCGCUAAUACCGGCAAAUUUUCUAUUCGCAAAUCCGUGCUCUACAGCUUUUAUUUAUUUUUUCUAUUUAUUUUCUUUUUAUUUAUUAAAGCGAUGUUUCCUUUGGCAUCGAUUAACUAUUUAUUAUUUAACUCGAAAAUAACGGUUUGCAAUCUGUUGUCCUGGCGCAUAUCCUAGUCUCCUUUAGAUUGUAGACGCGACAUAAAAAUGCGUUCGUCAAUCACAAGAGUCAAAUAACCUCGAAACGUUAAGGGGAUUAUCGCAACACCCCAUUAAUUUGUAACGAAAUCUUAUUCGAAGCUGUAAACGAUCUCCCUGCAAAAUUGUUUUUAAUAUACAGUAUUAUUAUUAUUUAUAUAUUUAUUUAUUUAUUGUACAGCCAAACAUGUUUAUAAUCGCCGUUCUUGGUAAAAUUCUCCCCUACAAUACCAAAAUAACGUUGACUCCGACCAAAUAACACUUUUUCGAUAAUACACCUGUUUAAUAUAUGAUUUUGUAGUUUGAAUUUUAGGCUAUAAAUUUUAAAUGAUUCUAAAUGCAGGGAAAAAAACUAGGAUAUCCUAAAAAAACUAUUAUUUUAAAGGACGUUGGAUGAAUAACCCCUAUAAAUACAUAUUUCCAAAAUGCAAAUGAAAAAUAAAAUACUUACAAAUAGUAGAAAUUGGUCGUGCUAUCAUUUGCACUUAACUUGGAAGUACAUUGAGCCUUCCAAAUUGUAAACAGUUCAAGCUAUCGUGAAUUUUGAAAUGUUUCAAAUAUUUAAAAUUGAGGAAAAUUAGAGCGUUCUGAAACACCCGGUACAAUUCUACAUGUGAUAUAAAUUACUCGCAGAGCUGAUCUUGAGAUGAAAUGCAACAUGCAAAACAAAUUGCGAGAAACUACGGGACUCAAAUUAUAUGGGCUAAAAUGUGUUCUUCGAAUAACUAAUAACACUAGUAGAGUAUUAAAAAAAAAGGAAAAGCAACAAGAACAAUAGCCUCUUUGUCUAUUAGUUCAAAACCCCAAAAAACAUUCUACUCCAUUACUACCAAAACUAACCAGCUAAGCUCUUCACAGCACUAAAUAAUUGUAUCCUCCUCUAAAAAUAAGCAGUUAGUUCUAAAUUUUAAACCCAUAUUCCAGUUUGGUAAAUACCUUCUGAAAGUGUAAAACUGCAUCACGUGAGUUGUAAAAAUUGUGUUUAUAAUUCUUAAUUUAGUACACGCAAAUUUUGCUGGUGUGUGAGCGCAGUUUAUAAACAAAAAAUAGUAUAUUACGCAACACGUUUGAUGAACCCCAUUUUACUCACGUGAUAACGUCUUAAAGUGACACUUUUCUCAAGUCUCAUGUGCGAAUAUUUGGGUAUUCUAGAUUAAGGAGUAGAAAAACAUGUUUUGCAAAUCACUCACACAAAUCAAUAUCAAAUAAUUGUUGCAAAUGUUGGCAACAUUGAGGUGUGGCUACGAACUAUUUUUCUAUGACCAUAGCCACCUAGUUGAGCUGGAUAAGAUUAUAAAAAAUUUGCCGUUAUUUCAAUAACCCCCUGUAUAUGUAAACUUUUGGUUAAAAACUCAACCAAUGAAGCCAUAGCCAUAUAUAGGAGAGCGAAGAUGCUGUAAUAGUUAGUUAUGUAUCCAUGAUGAAAAUCACACUCUAAAUACAUAUAUUACCUAUUACUGCCACACAUAAAAUAUAUUAAUAUAACUUAUAACACUAUAGACGUCAGAUAACAUAAUUUAAUGAUUUGCUAAUUCAUUAAACAAUCUGGUUACGCGAGUCAAAUUUAAAUUUGAGUUGAGUUUAAAAAUUAAAAACUUUUUGAGCAAAAAAAUUGUAACAAAAGUUGUCCGUGUAAAAUCCGCUUAGCUGUUUCAAAAGGCUCUAUAAUAACUAAAAGGCAAUUAAACCUUUCAGAAAUUUUUAACAGCUACUUCCGAUAUCUUGGUUAAUAAGUCGAUAUCAAAAGUUGUCCGUGUAAAAUCCGCUUAGCUGUUGCAAAACGCUCUAGAACGAUUAGCAAUAUAAAGUUCAGAAGUUAUUAACAUCAAGUUCAAAUAUUAUCUUUUUUAAUAAAAAAUAACAGACAGUUUUAAAUAAUUUGUACAAUCAUCAAACAUUUUGGUUACACGAGUCAAAUUUAAAUUUGAGUUGAGUUUAAAAUUAACAACUUUUUGAGCAACAACUCGUAUUGUUGUUCAAUGUAAAUUCCGCAUAGCUGUUACAAAACGCAUCUAUGGC